AUGCAAGCCCUGCUGCUCUUGCUCCUCGUCCUCCCCGCCCUCGCGCGUCCCGCGAAGUCCAAGAAGGGGAAGAAAGGCAGACGCUGCCGUCCUCGUUCCUCUGCCCCAUCUCCAACGUCUGAGGCUGUGACCACGAUCACGAGCUCGCAGGAUACGCAGCCUACACCAGCCCCCGCGAAUGUUGCGCCUUCACCCUCGGAUAAUGGGAAUAAUGGCUCUGGAAACGGUUCUUCCGCGGACGAGCUUGCCUACCUCUGUCCGCAAAACGCCGCCCGAGCGCAAUUCAACGCCUCGCCCCUGACUUGGAACAACACCCUCGCCUCCGCCGCCCAGGAAUGGGCAAACAAGUGCGUCUUCCAGCAUUCGAUGGGCACUUUGGGACCGUAUGGAGAGAACUUGGCUGCUGGGAGUGGGGACUUCACCCCUGGACAGGGGAUACAGUUGUGGUUGGAUGAAGCCAGCCAGUACGAUCCGAGCAACCCCGUGCCCAGCCACUGGACACAGGUCGUAUGGCAAGGAUCUACAGAGGUCGGGUGCGCAGUUAGCGUCUGCCCCGGUCUGCUCGGCGCCAGCUUCGGGAAUGCCAACUUCUACGUCUGCGAGUAUUUCCCACAGGGGAACAUCAUCGGAGCGUUUGCUCAGAACGUCGCUUAAGUUCUACCAAGCACGGCAGUGUAUAUACAACCGGUGCAGGCAUCGGCUGAUCAAUAUCAUUGAUAUCCGC